UGCGGCCAAGCGGCGCCGGUUUCCAAGCUUCGGGAAAGGCCGUGAAACGACUUCCGGUGUGACCGGAAGUUUCCCCCGCCGGGCGGCGCUUCCGCAUCCGGGUCGGCGGCGCGGUGCCGUGGCGGCAGGACCAGGGCAGCCAUGCCGACCUGCCCGUCUCCUCCUGCAGCCGGAGCCCUCUAGAGAGCCGCUUGCAACUGUCCUUGCUGAUCCGGUGCCUCCUGCCUGGGCGCCAUGUCGGACAUCCUGCUCAACCUGGACACGGUGCUCUCCCAGCCGCCCCAGAAGAGCUCCGGGGGCAACAAGAAGCACCAGCGCUUUGUCAAACGCCGUCAGUUCCUGGAGCGGAAGGGCUUCCUGAAGCAGAAGCAGCUGCCCUUCCAGCCGACCCUGCCCAGGCGGGAUGCCUCACUCGGCUGCUCCGCGGGACCCGACCGGGCCAAGAAGAAGCAGAGAGUGGAGGCAAAAGAAGGCAGCAAAGCCUUGCGGAGGAGGCCCGGCCAGCCAAGCCCUAGUCGGCCCCCCGGCCUCGCAGCCUGGACGGAGCCGCUCAGGGCAGCCAUGCCGACCUGCCCGUCUCCUCCUGCAGCCGGAGCCCUCUAG